AAAAAAAGCAGAUAAAAAACAUACUAAAGCCAGAAGUGUACAUAAACUUUUGUAGUGUGACUUUUAGUUCUUUUUUUCACAAUAGUGAGUUCCAGGAAGAAGUGAAGGGCGUUACUACGCCAAAUAUUACAUCUUAAUAGCAUCGUUGAACAUUGUAUGAAAUAUUCCGAUUACGGUGUGUUUUCGUUGAAAUUUCAGACCACGGAAGGUUCUGAAAGUUAUGUACGUAAACUAUUUUUGUUCACUCUGUAUACACUGACGGGGGUUUGGCACAGCUGAUGUUGGUUCCUUCAGUUCUCUAUAGUUCCGUAAAUGUAAAAGGUGGGUCGAAAUACUCACCUUUAUGUAUCUCUCGCUAUACUUAAUUUCAUUUAUGAUAUAUUGUGGUUGUUUUGUUACAAUAAUUUAAAUAAAAACAAACAAAUUUCAUUGGACAAAAGGUUUGGCACAUUAACACCCCUAUUCUGUGCUUUUGACAAAUUAAUAAAAUAUUGACAAUUAACUCAAAUAUUUAACAAGCGAGAAAUAUUUUGGAAUUCUGUGGCAAUCUUGAUAAAAGUAAAAGCUUCAAUUCGUAAAGCUUUCCCCACACGUAUGGUAAAAAAAAUAAUGUAAAUAGAAAACAGCUGAUUUCUAUUCAAAUUAUUCGUUAAAAUGGACUGUUCUGCAACGUAAGUUUCCAAAUUUUAAUUAUUAACAAAAUUUAUAAUUUAACUUUUAUUUUAUAGUAAACCCAAGCACGAUAGAGCUACGCACGAGCAGCUGGAGGCAUAUGUGUUGUUUUGCUAAGCACACCCAGAAAUAGGUACGGGGAAAAAUUGCCCAAAAACGCCUCAACGGAUGAAGGAGUUGCGGCAACAGCUGGCAGAUCAACUUAAUUUGUGCAGAGGACCAAUAAGAAGUGCUGCAAAAUGGAAAGAGACGUUAGGCGUUUGGAAAAGCCAACUGCGCACUCGAGCAAGGCGGUUGAAAAUGACUCAAAGGCUCACAGGUGGAGGUCCAAGUUCCAAGCCGAUGACGGACUUCGAAGAAAUGGCUUUGUCUACAUUUGGCUCAGCCGCUGUAGAUGGGAUGCAAAAUGUACAAAGCCUAGGUUUAACGCCAAUUGAGGAAACGGAUGAAUGCGCAAUUUCAUCACCCAUGGGUAGUCCUCUACAAUUAUGCAGUCAGGUAGAUGCAAGCCCAAAUCCCGAACACUAUACAGCAAGUCCAUCGACACCACCUAGGUAUCUUAGCUUGGAAAACCAGGAUGCUUCAACUUGAUAUAUCAAAAAGGAAUGCUGCUGAGGAAGAGAGGCGACGGGAGCCUCGUGAAAUGAUGCAGGCACUAAUAAAAUCGUUUACUAAUAAUGUAAAAUAAUAUCUAAAGUUUAAUUAAAAUUGAAAUAACG